CUCGAGUCUCUCAUCGUCAAGUCACACAGGCCACAUUCUCUUCCCCAAGAGUUGUUGUUGUCAGACAAAACAUGUUCACUAAACCCAUCCUCGCAACGGUCGUGGCCACCCUCGUCACGGCCACCCAGGCCACUCAAAGCUUCGGCAACAAGGGCACUCUGGCCGGGUGGGACAGCAUCCUCAAGGAGAACAAGGGCACGGUGGAGGAGGUGACCAACGUGGUCCGCGAGGGCCCCACGGCGAUCAAGGUGACGCAGACGUACGACCCCAACUGGAAGGGGCGGUACCACUCCGAGGUUCACCGGGGCAAGGGCUACCGGCGGGGCGAGACGGGCUUCUACGGCUGGGCGUUCCGGCUGCAGGAGGACUGGCAGUUCUCGCCGGCGCAGGGCUACAACCUGGGGCAGUUCAUCGCCGACUUCACCGACACGGGCUGCGACGACUGGAUGCCCAGCUCCAUGGUGUGGAUCGAGGGAAACCAGCUAGCGAGCCGGGUCAAGUACGGCAACAUCUGCGCCCAGCACACGCGCGAGUUCAAGGGCCUGGCCACCGUGUCGGCGGGCGUGUGGCACAAGGUCGAGAUCCAGGCGAACUGGCAGAGCGACGGAACGGGCUUCUACAAGCUCUGGUUCGACGGCGUCAAGGUGCUCGAGCAGUACAACCUCGCCACGACCAUCGACGACUCGCGCGAGUUCGGGUUCCACCUUGGCCUGUAUGCCAACGGCUGGCACGACGACAACGGCGGCAUGAAGGGCACGCAGCCCUUCCGCCAGGUCUGGUAUGACGAGAUUGGCAUUGGCUCUACGUUUGCCGAUGCCGACCCCGACCAGUGGUGAUGGGGAGGGGGGUUAUCACGGAGGAGGAGCACUGUGGUCUCAUUUCUCGAUUCUCAAGCUGCACCCUCUCAAGUUCAUGUUUGGUGCUGGGAUUUUGCGGGUACUCGAUGACAUGUACCAGGAUCUCAUACCUCCACCCCCUACUCAAGCCAAUUAAAUGCACUCACACCUUCCAGAAGGGGAAGUAGACGUCCGGAUGCAUAUCAUGUGACACCCAGUCGACCAGGU